CCUUUGGCCCCAAGACACGUUCACAUGCAGUAUAAUCAAUGCCGUUUUAUUAAAAUUUCCGUUUCCAGAAAAGUGACGACUGAUUUACUGAGACCGAGGCACAUUUAGUAGUUUCUCAACAGAUUUUUUUGCUGUUUUUGAGCGCUUUUCUUCGACCAGCGACGUUCGCCGACUACAUCGUUUAUCAGUGGCAGUUAUUUUGACUACAGAUGCGAUCGACAUGGUAGUGAGAAAGUACUUGUACACUAAUUAUUUGAUAUUCAUGCAAUUAUCUUAUUUCUACGCGAACUUGCCGUUGCUGGACGUGGUUUUUGCAAAAUAACUCGUGUGCACGCGGUUUGGAAAUCGAUUUCAAGUUUCUUCGUUUGGUGCACGAUGCUGAAUUUUACAAGAAGGCAGUGGCUUACGUUGAUUGUUAUCGGGAUUGCGGACUUUUGUAACGCGAUUUGUGUUUCACUGCAGGCGCCAUUUUAUCCGGCAGAGGCUGAGCGAAAAGGAUGCACUGCAACAGAAUACGGAUUGGUGUUUGGAAUUUUCGAAUUUGUGGUUUUUAUUGUUAGUCCAUUGUAUGGACAGCAUUUGAACAAAAUAGGCCCGAAAAUCACUUUCAAUGGAGGCAUCUAUACGACAGGCAUUUGCGCCAUUCUCUUCGGCCUACUGGAUAAGGUGGAAGGACAUAUCCCUUUCAUAACGUUGAGCUUUGUGAUACGGAUAGUCGAAGCUAUGGGAAAUGCCGCUUUUCUUACAGCGAGUUUUGCCAUUAUUGCCAAGGAGUUCCCCGAUAAAAUCGCCCUAACAUUUGCCUCCCUUGAAACCUUCUUCGGUCUAGGCUUGAUCGUAGGCCCCACAGUGGGAGGAGCCCUUUUCCAAGUCGGCGGCUACACGCUGCCCUUCGCUGUCAUGGGCUCAACCCUGUUCGCUUCCGCCAUUCUUACCGCCAUCGUUCUUCCGAAACACGAAACGGGAAGAGACAAGGAAAAAGGCCCUUCAGUCUUCAAGAUCCUGAAAAUUCCGGGCAUACUGCUCGCUUCCGCCAGCAUUAUUGUCACCAGUACAUCCAUUAGUUUCCUGCAGGCCACUUUGGAGCCUCAUUUGAGAACGUUUAACUUGGCUCCGGUAGUGUUGGGGCUCAUGUUCGUCAUCAAUGGGGGCGUCUACGCCAUUACAACCCCGCUAUGGGGCUGGGCAUGCGACAACUUGUGCUCCCCGAAAGUGGUCACUUCCAUUGGCACUCUACUCGUCUACGGGUUCCACAACGACCUGGAAACCUACGCCUUAGUAUCCGGAUUGUGGACCAGCACAUUUGCACUUGGCGCUUUCAUCGGACCUUCAAUUGCUGGUAUUCUUUACGACACUGUUGGCUUCCGGAACGCAUCCAUGUUCAUUGUGGUGAUUCAUCUGCUGGUCGGAAUAGGAACCGUGGUUUUUAUCUUCAUCUCCAGGCGUCCGCCCGUCUACGUGGAGAUCAAGGACGAGAAACUUUCCAAUGGACAAUUGGAGGCUACGCAAUCGCAGCAGACACAAGCGGAUGACAGUGUUAGAAGCUUUAGAUCGAUUUCGAUUAAUGGAAUAUCGGUGGAAAAGUGCCGGCCGCCAGCCAUGAACAGCCUGAUAGCCUGCAACAGCUACAAGAGUCAAGCCUGGCCCGAAAGGGACUCUUUCAAUCUGCUAAUGGACAGACCGUACAGCCACAGCUACGGAGCGGUGAACAGCCGGAGCAGCGCGCCUUAUCUGCAAGGAGUGGCCUAGCAUUUAAGUUCAAGUAUUUUUUGUUCAGUUUGUGUCUGUGUUUUAUAUUUUAGCAGUUUUUUUAUACUUUGAUGUGCUCAUGGCAGAUUUUCUGGUCUCAGUCGCGCGACUGGGGAAUAUUGUUUAACAAUUCUGAGAUUUGUUUAACAGCGACAGAGAAACCGAUAAAAUGCGGGCAAUAUUAUAAGAAAAAAAAAUAGUUGGCAACGUUGAUACAUUUUCGAGUCUAAUUGAUCAUAUUAACGGAAAACUUUUAUUAUUAGAAAAAAAUUAGUUCCCGGCUUUCCUUUUAUUGGCUUCUCAUAUUUAAUGUUGUGCCAAAUUUUCUAUUUCAAAGCACAUUUUAGCUUGUGUCGUUCCAGAAACUUACAAUAUAUUUUAUAUUACUGAAA